AUGGAGACCACUCUGAGAAAUGUUCUGAUAAAAAUCCUUGAGGACCUUAUAGAAGAGGAACUCAAGAAAUUCAAAUUCCAGCUGGAAGACCCACCCUUGAAGGAGUUUGGCCCUGUGCCCCAGGGCCAGCUGCAUCCUGCCCAGGCUGUGGAUUUGGCAGAAUUGCUGAUUGACUUGGCUGAGAAACUGGAGCAAGCCAUUGAGAAAGCUGCAAAAUCCCAAAAAACAAAAAAUUCUGACCAGGAUGAUCAGGGACCCAGCAGAAAGCCACAAAAAGAAAACCCAGCUGCACAGCUUCUUGGAGAAGCAGCAAUCAAUGAUUAUCGAGACAUCUACAUAGCUCACGUGAAAGAAAUGCUGCAGACUAUGGAUGAAAAAGAUGCUCCCUUCAGGCCUGGUCAAGGGUACCUCCAGCUUCAACUGGAACCUCUAAGUCAACGCAAUUCAAAUAGCAUCAGUCUUGAAAGCCUGUUUGAUUCUAUUACAAACACAUCCAACGCUCCUCAGACUGUAGUGCUGGAGGGGCCUGCAGGCAUUGGAAAGUCAACUAUCUUCUACAUUGGCUGCCAAGAGGUGAGCCUUCUGAGGGAAAACAGUGUCGACCAUCUCAUCACUCUGUUGUGUGGGAAUAAUAAUGCCCCCAUUACUGACAUUCUCAAGCAACCACAGAAGCUCCUAUUUGUUCUGGAUGGACUUGAUGAGUUAAAUUUCCUUUCUGCUGAGCAAAGUCCCAAUUUCCAUUCUAGAGUCAAGGAAAAGGAAUCUGUGCACAUCCUUCUGGAUAGUUUAAUCCAAAAGGAGCUGCUGCCACAGUCAACUCUGCUCAUCACAAUCAGGCCCCCAGCUCAAGAGAAACUAAGACCUUGGCUAAUGAAUUCAUGCCCUGUCAAAGUGCUAAGCUUCUCCCAGAAGCAGAAGAAGGAGUAUUUUUACUUGUAUUUCCUGAAUGGGGACCUGGCAAAGAAGGCCUUUGAUUUUAUACAAACAAACAAGGCCAUCUCUGAUGAGUGCUGUGCCCCUCUCAUGUGCUGGAUUAUCUGCUGCUGGAUAAAGCGACAGUUGGAACAAGGAAAGUCUUCCACCAAGGCCCUCAAAAACAGGACUGACAUCUACAUGGCUUAUAUUUCCACUUUUCUGCCAACUGAGAAAAGUUUAUCCAAGCCCACUCAGCAUUUUGCCCUGCGAGGCCUGUGCUCCUUGGCCGCAGAAGGCAUCCAGAGGCAGAAGAUCCUGUUUACAGAGGGAAACCUGAGGAGGCACAGCUUAGAUGGGGUGGACGUCUCCUCAGUCCUGAAUGUGAGUGGUUCCCAAGCAGGGCUUGGUGGCACAAUGUUGUAUAACUUCAGACAUCUUAGCUUCCAGGAGUUCUUCAAUGCCAUGUUCUACCUACUGGAGGAGAAGAUUUCUGACAAGGAAAUCCAGAAUCUGAAGGAGGUGAUGGAGAAACAGGAGGCAUCAGGGACUGUGCAGUUUCUCUAUGGGCUCCUAAAGAAAGAGAAUGAAAAGAAUCUGGAGUUAAAGUUCAGCCUCCGAGUCUCACUGCCACUAAGGAAGGAGGUGGAGAUAUUAAGAACAACAGUGGAUAGAGUGAAAAAUGCUAUAUCCCAGAUAUGUAGAAACUGUGAAGAAAAAUUGCCCAAUCUGUAUCUAACAUAUAUUAUAUGCAGAUCUGUAUCUAACAUAUAUCCCAUAUUAUAUGGGAUCUACUGGCCUAUGUGUGGCAUAUUAAUGCUAAAAUAA